GCUCAGCUCCUACCGAGCACGCCUGGCUCUGGGUUCGAGUUCUCCCUUCCCUGAAGAAGCAUUCAGCAUGCAUAUUGCUUUCAGGUCCCGCGCGGCGCUCCUUCCCGGGCUAAACUGUGCAUAGGAUCGCAGCUUUAAAACGCUUGCGAUCCAAUUAUUUGGGAGCAAGCUUCGUGGAGCUCCGGGGCUUGCUUCCAAGGAGAGAUGCUCCGGGAUGCUACGGUUCCUGCGCCAAAAGGGAGCCUCGCUUCCCCGCUCGCUUGUGGUACCCGGACCCACGGCGGGCGCCUUUGGGGAAACGGUUUCUAUAUAGGAAGGCUUUGAUUCCCCACUCAUCCUUUUUUAAAAAAAAUAGUGCCAGGAAGGCUCGCUGAUCUAUCUAAUUCAAUAUCUGCAUGGCUUUAAAACCUGGGUCUCCCGCGGUGAUUGAACUACAACUCCCAUCAUCCCUAUGUAACAGGACCAGUAGCAAAGGAUGAUGGGAAAUGUAGUCCAAAAAGAGGCGGUGUUUGGGAGACACUGGCUUGUAGACGAUUAUUACACACGAAAGCUUAUAUUUAGUUGAUCUUUAAGGAAUUAUUUAAAAAGAUUUUUCCUCUUUCAUCUUGUUAUUUAUUAUGGCUUAUAGACAGACAGUAGAUAGAUAGAUAGAUAGAUAUUAUAGAGAAGAGAUCUGCAAGUGUGGGCUGGGAGUUGGACGGGAAAAAACAAAACUGGCCAGAAACCGACAUUAUAAGGCUGGGGGAGGGGGGGUUCACUUGAUUGACAGCAAACGGCCACGACUGUGGCGUCACUGGGGGGAAUGGGGCCUGGGGGAGGGGGUCUGUGGGGGUGAGAGAGUGAGUGAGUGAUAUAAACCAACGCAGGGGUAAUUUUAAUAAGUUUCCCUGUUAACCCGGAAAGGGAAGAGGUUGCGUAUCCGGGUCGGCCAGGGCCAGAGCCGUCCUGAGGAGCCGCCUCCCCGCCGCCGCUGUCGCCCAACGGCCGCCUUCGACGCCAAUGGGUGACCCGCGGGAGCUUCGCAGCCGAGCCUCCGGGGCCAACGGCCCCCGGCGCCAGAGAUCGAAGGCUCAGGUGAGCGUUGGGCUGGGGGGGGGGAGAGAGAGAGAGAAGGUCGGGUCAUCCGGGCACUCCGCUUCCGUUGCCCCCCCCACCUCCCUCCGCUGUUAACGGCACACGGCCAGUCAGUCGUCCCGGCGCUCGCUCGCUUUCCUCGUCUCGCGCCUGCGCCUGGAUGCUCCUUGGCUCCCCUGGGUCGCCGGUGUCAGUCUAAGGUUCCCCCCCCCCGCCCUCCCCCUGGGAGUGUGGUAGGUGGUGGGGAGAAAGCGGGGGUUCGGUUAAAAUGAUUGUAUUUUAAUAUUUUGGUGGAAGCCGCCCAGCCUGGCUGGGGAAACCCAACCAGUUGGGCGAAGGUAUAAAUAAUAAAUUGUUGUUAUUGUCAUUAUUAUUGCUCGACUCAACACUACUCUCCUUAUUAUGUACAGGAAAUACAAUGUACAUGCCGUAAGGAAACCAGAAAUAUAUAUUACCAAUAAUAUAUAUAACCAAUCACAUAAUAUUAUAUUAUAUGGGGGGGGGGAGGUUGCUCCAGCCGCUCUGCGUGCCUUCCUGAAUAUAUAUCAGUACAUAAUAAAACCCUAAACCUUGAAAUGCUUCCCUAUACAGGGCUGCUUUCUAAACAUUAUAUAGUUACUCACCUGUCAUCAAUGUCCCUAUUAUCAUUAUGUACAAGAAACACAAUGUGCGUACCGCUUGGCUGUAAGGAAACCAAUGAUAUAUAUAACCAAUAUAUAACCAGUCAUAUAAUAUAUAUUGGGGGGGGGGGAGUUGCCCCAGCCACUCUGGUUGGCUUUCAACAAAUUAAGCACAGUAAAACACGAACGUUAGAAGCCUUCCUAUACAGGGUUGCCUUUCAGAUGUCAGUUAGUUGUUUAUUUCCUUGACAUCUGAUGGGAGGGCAUUCCAAAAAACAACAACAAAAUAUUAAUAUUCUCAGCCAAAACCAGCAGCUUAAAAAGUAGCUGAACCUCAUAGAGCUUCCACGCAUCUGAAUUGGUGUUUUAAGGAGGCUCCAGAAGUGGUGCAGGGAAGGCAAAAGCACCGACUAGGCUUUGGGGAAGAAAGUGGCCAAAUUGUAGGACCCUGUCAGAGCCCUCAAGCCUCCUUCCCAAAGUCAGGCGCAUCAUUUACACAGCUUUGGGGAGGCAGCAUGAUGCUGAGAACUGACUGCCCCAAAUGCCUUGAGGGCUGCAUGUGUCCCUUAGGCUGUGCGUUGGAUCACCUUGUGCUAAGGGCUUUCAUGUUGACCAAAGCACCAAACUUUGAAAUGACAGCUGUCAAGGGCCACUCCUUUAACAGACACAUUAUUUAGAUAAUAUUGAUGCAGUGUUGUAUGCUGUGUUGUGGUUAGACCCAGCUUCACUGCUGCCUCUCCUUUGCACUUUUUCUCCCUCUGUGCUUUGCUGUCCUGGUUAUGGAGACAUGGAAUAUGUUUCUUCUGCUGUCGGUAUAGAAACUGUUUGGGCUGGUAAAGCAGGGAUGGCGUUCUCUGCUUCAUCAGCCAAAAAUAGCUUUCUGCAACUGUGGACUUAACAGAAUAGGUAUGAAAGAAUGGUGCAUGGCCUAGGGAUAAUGAUAGGGGACUGUUUCCAGGGCUGCAGGCCAGAUUAAGCUCAUGGACCAGAGGUUCCCCUUCUCUGUGGUUGGAGGUUCAGUUGGCUGACACUGUAUAAUUUCACUUCCAGCUAACUCAGCACUGAUUUGGAUCAUUGAUUUGGAUCACAGAUUGCUGAGUGCACGUGGAUCAUUGCCUCUCUUUUUUCUUAUUUGCAGAAUGUGGCACCAGUGACAGAAGACUUCACGGUGGAUCGCUGUUCACCCAAAGUUGGCACCAAUAAGCUGCAUCAGACAAUGUCCUCAGAUUCCUCACCAGACUCCAAGUGUCCGAUCUGCCUGGACCAGUUUGAAAAUGUGGCCUACUUGGACCAUUGUUGGCAUAAGUUCUGCUUUCGUUGCGUGCAGGAGUGGUCCAAAAACAAGGCCGAAUGCCCGCUCUGCAAACAGCCUUUCCACUCCAUUGUGCACAGCAUGAGAUCAGAAGAUGACUUUAAGGUUUAUACAGUCCGGCCUUCAGACACGGACUAUUUCGCUAAUCCUGACGGGAGGCGAUUCCGUUACCGGACAACUUUAACAAGGGAGCGCCGUACGUCAGCUUAUCCCCGGAGAAGUUCCUCUUCUCGAACAACGGUGUCCCCUCCAGACAAUGGGAUUUUGUUUGAAGGGUUAUCCAGCCAGACGACGAGGCAGAGAAAUGCAGAAAUGCAGCAAAUGAUCAGGCGUCUAGCUUCGAGGCGACAAGCCUGUUUAGAAGGCAGGUCCAUGCGUCAGAUUCAAGAACAGGAGAUAAUCAACUUCCGAAGAGCUCUGUACCGCUCUGGCACACGUGUCAGGAGCAUUGAGGACGGAGGGCGCUAUAGAGACAUAUCGGCUGAAUUUUUCCGCAGGAAUCCUGCCUGCCUCCAUAGGCUCGUUCCAUGGCUAAAGCGUGAGCUCACAGUCCUGUUCGGCGCUCAUGGGUCUCUGGUCAACAUUGUGCAGCAUAUUAUCAUGAGUAAUGUGACCAGAUAUGAUCUGGAGAGCCAGGCAUUUGCUGAUGACUUAAAGCCUUUCUUACUUCAUCGCACGGUGCACUUUCUGCACGAAUUCAUCAGCUUUGCCAGAUGCCCCUUUAACAUAGAGGCAUACGAUCAGCAUGCAAAUUAUGAUUGCCCUGCUCCAUCCUACGAAGAAGGGAGCCGGUCUGAUUCCUCCAUUAUUACAAUCUCUCCAGAUGAGGCAGAUGCUCAAGAACCAGACCAUAGUUCCUUUGCAGCUGGUAUUGGUCAGGCACCAUGGGAUGAUGAGACGCCUGGUCCAUCGUACUCCACUUCAGAGCAGGUUCGUGCCGCUGUAUCUACUGCUUUGGACACUUCGGAAAGCUCUGAUGGAGAGCCCUCUGCUAACCCAAUUGAGUUGCAGGCUCAGUUACCGGCUAUCGUGGAGAUGAAUGGUGACAGCUGUGAUUCCUCCGACAACUGUGUUAUUGUUGGCUACGUGAAGCCGUUAGCAGAGAGAACGCCUGAACUAGUGGAGCUGUCUUCCGACUCUGAGGAAUCUGCUGGCGAGAAAAGCGAAGAUGUGAAGGCAGUGCAGCCCAUCCAGUAUCACAGUUUUAGUGACACCGAUGCCAGUGGGUCCGCAUCACCGUUCUCCAUUGGGUCUGGAAAUGGGAGCACCAGUUAUAAAGCCAGCGUAUCCCUAUCCAAUAAAAGGAAAUCCAAAAGGAGUGAAAAGGAGGACAGUAGUACAACCAGAGAACCAGCUACCCAAUCUUGGCUACAAAGCUCCCCUACAAAAAGAGAUGGUGACGAUGACUACAGUUUAUCCAAAAGGAGGAAAUGUGAAUCACAUUCACGUAGCAGAGAGCAUCGUGGCCUGAAAAGCAAGAGGAAGCAUCGCAGUAUGGAGAAACGGAAAAGGAAAAGAGACAGUAGCAGACAUAAGCAUAGGAAGGACAAGAAGCGGUCAAGAACCCGAGACAAGAGUCUGUCUCGGAAAAGCCAAGCUCUUUCUGUGAGUAGUGAGAGCAUUGAAUCUAGAGAUCUAAGCCGUUCUAGAUCACACAGCAACGACAACAGCAAAAGCAGAUCAAAGAGCAAAGACAGUGAUUACUACGUAAGAGACAGUUACGUAAGAGACACCAAGUACAAAUGGGAGUGCACCAUUUACAGCAGAAAUUCAGCCCGAGAUGGGUAUGAAUCAUCUUACAGGAGAAGGAUUCAGGCCAGAGCUCGGUACUCAAGGCAGUCUGCCAGCCCUGACUACAGAAUGCAGUCCUUUUCUGAACGGGUGAAUACUCGAAAUCCAAGAGGUGACAGAGAAAGCAGGUAUUACUAUUAUGAGAGACGCAGAUCAAGAAGUCGCUCCAGCAGCAGGUCGAGGACUCCUCCCAGAGGGCCCGAGAGAGUGCGAUCUGAGAAGCCCAGCGGGAAAAGGAAAUAUAAAACCCGUCACCUGGAGAGUGCCCACGCGGGAAAUGAGGAAGCCUCUUCGGCAAAAGAUGCAAGCGCCCUUGAAAAAUACAAGGGCUUUGACAAAAAGAAAGAGAGCUUUUCGGACAGACAGCCUGAGGCCGAGAGUCGGCACAAGAGAAGGAUGCAAAUAUCAAGGAGCCCAAGCGUGGAGAUUAUUUAUGAAGGGAAAGCCACUGAAAUGGCAAGGCAUCAUAAAAAGAAGAGGAAAAGAGAGAGGAAGCCACGCAAGAACCACAUUGACCCUUCCCCGUUUUCUUCUCCGGUGGUAAUAACAAUUGACAGUGACAGUGAUAAGGACACUGAGAUCCAGGAGAACACAGAGUAUGAAAGUAGCAUUUCCUGGAGUCCUACAAUCCCGCAAAAUGAGAGAGAGGCAGAGUCUCCUUCUUCGCUCUUGGAAGCCAGAGACUGUAAUUAUGACAGAGUUGAUGAACUGGAAAGUGUGGACAAGGACAGCAUUGUUACUUCAACUACUAGGACGGUGGUAGAAGAUGUGACUUCAAAUGGGGAUGUACAGCCGCAAGGAGCAGCCAGUGGACACACCCCUACUUUGACAGACUGUGGUACUUCAUCUAGCAUAGGAAAUCAGCCUAGCAGUGUAGAAGCUGAAUCUGCCAGCCUGUUGCCAACCACCAGAGCGCCUUUGCUGUUAAGGAUCUCAAGGAAACUUAUUAUUGAACAUUCAUGUCAAUUGGACUUGUCAGAGCAGAACGUAUAACUCCUAAGACAGAACUGUUUUUGAACGCCCCCCCUACCCCCAAUCAGACUUUUCUUGAAAGUGACAAACCUUCUCAUGGUUUCUGUGCUAAGAAUUAUGAAAUCACUUAUGCAUAAAGAAGGACUUGUCCUCCCAUUUUUAUACAUAAGCCCAAGAAAGCAGAACAUGACUAAUCUCCAACCCCCUUCCCCCUCAGAUUUUAUGUUUCCUGUGUCACAAAAUCAUACUGUUCCUCUCCCUGCCCCCCCCCCCCCGCCAGCCACCUCUGUAAUAUAAACCCUCUGGUAUCUCAUAGCUUUUUAAUAUGUAAUGUUAGGAAAUAAAUUCAGGUUUAAUUUUGCCAUGUCCUUGAUCUGCUUAGAUUGACUUUGCUUUGUGCCAUUGAUUCUCCACUUUAAUGGAUCACUUGCAGACGAUAUUCUUUUUGCUGCUACUGCCCUCCCCUUCCCAGCUCCUCUCUUCCUGUGCUGCUUCAUGCACUCUGGGUGGUACCCAACAAAGUCACACUCAAGAGUAGACCCAUUGAAAUCAAUUAACAUUUCAGUGGCUCUACUCUGAAUAUGAUUAACAUUGGCUACCACCCUUUUGAAAGCAGUGGGCUGCUGGAUCCAGACCUGAGGUACCCUACCCCACCAAUAAAGAUCCAUGGUUGUUAAAUAAUCUUGAUUCAGGCUGCCCUUUGAGCAAGUAUUUCAUAGGAGUUCUAAUAAAGACGUUCCUGAAAUCUA